AUGGUUGGAAGGUCAUCUUUACUGUCCAUAUAUACAUGGUCCCUUCUAUUACAAAUAGGUUUAACUGAAAAGGUACCCGAAAAGGAUCACGAUUCAAAACAAUAUUUUGCAAUAGAGUCUAACCUUACACGGGAAGAAUUACAAAAUUUACAUCCCACAUGGACAUUUGAACACAAUGUUCGUGGCCUACUAAAUCAUUAUGUGUUUUCAAGUAAUUUACACAAAUUAAAUAAAAGAUUAGAUCAUAGUGAUUCUCAUGGAGUUAUAUCAUUUGAAGAUUUACCAUCUCAAAAGAAUAGACUUUUUAAAAGAUUACCUGUACCAGAUGUACCGAUGGAUUCGAGUAUGGUACCAAUAAAGGAAGCUGAAGAAAAAUUAGAAAUCAAUGAUCCAAAUUUUGAAAAGCAAUGGCAUUUAAUAAAUCCAGCAUUCCCUGGGAAUGAUAUAAACGUGAAAAAAUUGUGGUAUGAGAAUAUUACAGGGAACGGUGUUGUAGCUGCCAUUGUAGAUGAUGGUCUAGACUAUGAAAAUCCUGAUUUGAAAGAUAAUUUUUGCAAAGAAGGUUCUUGGGAUUUUAAUGAUAAUACCAAUUUACCAAAACCUAAAUUGAAGGAUGAUUAUCAUGGUACAAGAUGUGCUGGUGAGAUUGCCGCAGUUAAAAAUAAUGGAUUUUGUGGGAUUGGAGCCGCAUAUAACGCUAAAGUAUCAGGUUUAAGAAUAUUAUCUGGUGACUUAACAGCUGAAGAUGAAGCUGCAUCAUUGAUGCAUGCUUUAGAUAUAAAUGAUAUAUAUUCAUGUUCAUGGGGUCCAGCAGAUGAUGGUACCCAUUUACAAGGACCAUCCGAUUUGGUGAAAAAAGCAUUUAUCAAAGGUACUAAUGAAGGCAGAGAUAAGAAAGGUGCUAUUUACGUAUUUGCUAGUGGCAAUGGUGGGGCAUUUGGUGAUAAUUGUAAUUAUGAUGGUUACACUAAUUCAAUAUAUUCUAUUACAGUAGGUGCAAUUGACCAUAAAGGUUUGCACCCACCUUAUUCAGAAAGUUGUUCUGCUGUUUUGGUAGUCACUUAUUCUUCUGGUUCUGGUGAAUAUAUUCAUUCAACUGAUAUUGGUGAUAAAUGUAGUGAUCGUCAUGGUGGUACUUCUGCAGCAGCCCCAUUAGCAGCAGGCAUUUAUGCUUUGUUACUAGAGGCUAACCCUAAUUUAACUUGGAGAGAUGUUCAAUAUUUAUCAAUCUUAUCUUCAAAAGAGGUAAUGAAUAGUGAUAGUAAUGCACAAAUGGGUGCAUUGAACAAAAUGUAUUCUCACCGUUAUGGUUAUGGUAAGAUCGAUGCUUAUGAGUUGAUCUCUUUGGCUAGAGAAUGGAACAAUGUUAAUCCGCAAGCUUGGUUUUAUCCAUCGACAAAAUAUACUAAUCAAUGGACAAAUACCAGUAACGAACAUUUAGAAUCAACGAUUUCUGUUACUAAGAAAAGCCUGAAACAGGCAAACUUGAAUUUAAUUGAACAUAUUGUAGUCACAGUUGAUAUAGCCGCUGAUAUUAGAGGUAAAGUAGUUAUUGAUUUAGUCUCUCCAUUUGGUAUGGUAUCCAAUUUGGGUGUUGAGAGAGAAAGGGAUAAUUCUAGAGAAGGUUUCCAACAUUGGUCAUUUAUGUCUGUUGCUCAUUGGGGUGAAUCUGGUAUUGGUGAUUGGAAAUUACAAGUUCGUUCUUUGCAAGAUGGUAAUAGUGUUAAAGUUAAUAGUUGGAGAUUAAAAUUAUACGGUGAAUCUAUUGAUCCUUCAAAGAGUAAAAUAUUUGAAUUUGGUAAUGAUAGGGAAGCAUUAGAUGAUAGCUCUUUGGCUGGUAAGCCAUCAGAGACCGUAACAUCACCAGAACCAACUUCUAUUUCCGAAACAACAAAACCUUCUUCAACUACAUCAAACGAAGACACAGAUAUCGAUGAAACAUUAGAUCAUAACCAACCAAAACGUAUAUCAUCGCCAAGAGACGCUAUGCAUUAUUUUAUUACUGUGUUUAUUGUCGGUGUUAUCUUCUUUGUUUUAUAUUUUUCAUUCUUCGUUAAAUCAAGAAGAAGAAUAAGAAGAAGCAGAGCAGAAACAUACGAAUUUGAUAUUAUCGAUACAGAUUCUGAAUAUGAUUCAACUUUGGAUCCUGCUAACAUAUCGGCCAAUAGAGCCGUUGAGACAGAUGAAUUAGAAGACUUUGAUUUUGAUUUAUCUGAUGAAGAUAAUUUACUAAAUCAAGGUGAUCAAGAAACGUCAGCAAACGAAGAUUUACCAAACAGUAAAAAAGCUGACACUAGUAUCGAUCAUGUGCUUGAAGAAAAUCCAUUCGAAGAAGUUGAAGAUUUUGAAGAUAAACAUGAAGGUCAGGAAUUAAAUGAAGAUAAUACAGAGACACCUCCAUCUACUAAAGAAAAAGAAAAAUAG